AUGGGCAAUCUCAAGGAAUUACCUCCUCUUCUUUCCGAGCAGGAAAUGAAGGACAAUAAGAUUCCUCUUCCAUACCGUGACCGGUGCGCUGGUCUGCUCGUUCCCCUCAACAAGUGCCGCAUCGAAGGCUGGUACCUUCCAUGGAACUGUUCCCACGAGCGACACACCUAUGAGGAAUGCCAGUACCUGGACUUCAAGCGCCGUGUUAAGGAGCUGGAGGAACUCAAGGCUAAGGCUGCUGCUGCUUCGGAGUAA